CCAUCCUCUCCAUUUACAUAAAAUUUAUCUCCUCAACAAGGACAAGACUGUGAAUAUCUCCGGUCAUGUAAGAACCAUAUGUUCUUUUAGCGGUUUUAGAAAAUGAGUAGUUGAGACUACCCAUCUGCAGAAUUUCUUCAACUCUGUUAGUUAGCGGAUGUUCGUUCAUAAACUCAGGUGUUAUUAUGGUUUUCUGCUGAAACAUUUUGAGAAUUGCUUGCUUUGGUUGGUAGCUGGAAACGCUUUGAAUUGCUUAUUCAUUGAUUCCAGUGGCUUCCAGAGAUAUUUGGGUUUUGGAGUCACAAAUCUCAAUGGUGCCACUGUUAAAAGCUAUAAGCAAGAGGGGUUUGUCAUAGAUGAACGUGGGAAAUUAAAAAGAUUUAACAGGAAGAAACUCUCCAGGAAACGAUGUGGCUCUUUGAGAGGGCGAGGAUGGAAAUAUGGAUCCGGGUUUGUCGAUGGGAUAUUUCCUGUUCUGAGUCCCAUUGCUCAGAAGAUUCUGAGCUUUAUUCAGAAAGAAACUGAUCCUGACAAAGUAGCUGAUGUCCUUGGAGCUCUUCCUUCUACACAUGCCUCAUGGGACGAUCUAAUCAAUGUUUCUGUGCAACUUCGUUUGAACAAGAAAUGGGAUUCUAUUAUCUUGGUGUGUGAGUGGAUUUUAAGGAAGAGCUCCUUUCAGCCUGAUGUAAUCUGCUUCAAUUUGCUUAUAGAUGCUUAUGGACAGAAGUUCCAGUACAAGGAGGCGGAAUCACUCUAUGUACAGCUUCUUGAAUCCCGCUAUGUGCCUACGGAAGACACAUACGCUCUUCUUAUAAAGGCAUACUGUAUGGCAGGGCUCAUAGAGAGAGCUGAAGUUGUUUUAGUCGAGAUGCAAAAUCAUCAUGUUUCUCCAAAAACUAUAGGUGUAACUGUAUACAAUGCCUAUAUUGAGGGGUUAAUGAAGAGAAAAGGAAACACCGAAGAAGCGAUUGAUGUUUUCCAGAGGAUGAAGCGUGAUCGAUGCAAACCAACCACUGAAACUUACAACUUGAUGAUAAAUUUAUACGGAAAGGCAAGUAAAUCAUAUAUGUCCUGGAAAUUGUAUUGUGAAAUGAGAAGUCACCAAUGUAAACCGAACAUCUGCACAUACACAGCGCUUGUGAAUGCAUUUGCUAGAGAAGGUCUUUGCGAGAAAGCUGAAGAAAUAUUUGAACAGCUUCAAGAAGAUGGGCUUGAACCUGAUGUAUAUGUCUAUAACGCUCUCAUGGAGUCAUAUAGUCGUGCAGGUUAUCCAUAUGGUGCUGCUGAGAUUUUCUCUCUAAUGCAACAUAUGGGAUGUGAACCAGACAGAGCUUCCUACAAUAUCAUGGUUGAUGCAUAUGGCAGAGCAGGUCUUCACUCAGAUGCAGAAGCUGUGUUUGAAGAAAUGAAGAGACUAGGCAUAGCACCGACGAUGAAAUCCCACAUGCUGCUUCUAUCAGCUUACUCUAAAGCCAGAGACGUAACAAAAUGUGAAGCCAUUGUGAAAGAAAUGAGCGAAAACGGAGUAGAACCGGAUACAUUUGUCCUAAACAGCAUGCUCAACUUAUAUGGCCGGUUAGGGCAGUUCACGAAAAUGGAAAAGAUUCUAGCCGAGAUGGAGAACGGUCCUUGCACCGCGGAUAUAAGCACAUACAACAUUUUGAUCAAUAUCUAUGGUAAAGCCGGGUUCUUGGAGAGAAUUGAAGAACUUUUUGUGGAGCUCAAGGAGAAGAAUUUCAGACCAGACGUUGUGACAUGGACCUCGAGGAUUGGUGCUUACUCAAGGAAGAAACUGUAUGUGAAAUGUCUGGAGGUUUUUGAAGAGAUGAUUGAUUCAGGUUGUGCACCAGAUGGAGGAACAGCCAAGGUUCUUCUUUCGGCUUGUUCUAGUGAAGAGCAAGUGGAACAAGUUACUUCAGUGCUUAGAACAAUGCACAAGGGCGUGACUGUGAGUUCUCUUGUCCCAAAGCUGAUGGCUAAAUCUUUAACUGUAAACUGAUAAAGAUAGCAUUUUUAGAUCUGCCUUAUUAAUAAAGGUUGGAUUUUUAUGAUCAGAAUCCUUGUAUCUAUUGAACAGUGUUAUAAUAUAUGGUUUUAUGUCAUUACCCACGAUGUUGCUUUAGUGGGGUAGUUGAUGCG